GUGAUUGAAUUUCUGUAGGCAGAUAGAGUGCACACGGUUGCUGGUAAACAUCUUGCUGGGUUUGAAACAAAGUUUUUAGUAAUUGUAUAUUAUAUCCUCGCACGUCCAACAUGGCUUGGACAAAGUAUCAACUCUUUCUUGCGGGUCUUAUGCUCACAACCGGCUCUAUCAACACGCUAUCGGCAAAAUGGGCUGACAUGUUCUCCGCAAAGGGUUGUAAAGACUCCCCUGAACACGCAUUCGCCCACCCAUUUGUACAGGCCGUAGGGAUGUUCCUGGGGGAGCUCAGUUGUCUGGCUGUCUUCCACAUGCUGCUUUGUCACGAUAGACGGAAACCAGAGCCCAAGAUGAACACGGGCCAGAGCUUCAACCCCCUCCUCUUCCUUUUCCCUGCCCUUUGUGACAUGACCGCUACCUCCAUCAUGUAUGUUGCUCUGAACAUGACGAGCGCCUCCAGCUUCCAGAUGUUGCGCGGGGCAGUGGUCAUCUUCACAGGCCUGCUGUCAGUGGCCUUCCUAGGGCGCCGCCUGGUAGCCAGUCAGUGGACAGGCAUCCUCAUCACCAUCCUGGGCCUGAUAGUGGUGGGCCUGGCGGACUUCAUGAGCGGACACAAGGACGACUCUCACAAACUUAGCGAGGUCAUCACUGGUGACCUUCUGAUCAUCAUGGCCCAGGUCAUUGCUGCUGUCCAGAUGGUUCUGGAGGAGAAGUUUGUCUACAAGCACGAUGUUCAUCCUUUACGGGCAGUGGGCACUGAAGGGUUCUUUGGCUUCUUCAUCCUCUCGCUCCUCCUCGUCCCCUUCUUCUACAUCCCGGUGGGCAGCUUCAGCAACAACCCCCGCCAUGUCCUUGAGGACGCGCUGGACGCCUUCUGCCAGAUCAGCCACAAUCCCAUGAUCAUCCUGGCGUUGCUCGGUAAUACGGUGUCCAUCGCCUUCUUCAACUUUGCCGGCAUCUCUGUCACCAAGGAGAUCAGUGCCACCACGCGCAUGGUGCUGGACAGCCUGCGCACUGUGGUCAUCUGGGUGGUCAGUCUGGCUCUGGGCUGGGAGCAGUUCCAUGGGUUACAGGUGCUGGGUUUCAUUGUGCUGUUGGUGGGUGCGGCACUGUAUAACGGGCUUCACCGCCCCCUGCUAGCAAGGAUUCUGUGCUGCGCCAGCGUGGAGGAGGAGGAAGUCAACCCAGUGGAGAGGACGAGAUUGCUGGACGAGGGAAGGGUGCAGGAAGAGGGCUAACUGACCUGAUAUGAUGACCUCGCAACAUGCUGAAAGUGUGUGUGUGUAUGACAUGUAGAUAACAUAACCCUGUCGUACUCCACACCAUGCGUGUGUGACAUAAAGACAACACAUUUCUCAGAUAACUGCACAUGACAAUAUCUUUAAAACUGUUGUAAAUUCCUGGUUGUAAAUUCCAGGUGACAUAUAUUGAUAGGAUCUUGGACUAGCCCUCCUCAAGGCUUGUUGCAGCAUCGGUUAAAUGUGUCAGUGGUGGCAGGCAUUUUAUAAAUCCCCAAAAGGUUAACCAUAACAUAACAUCGUUUGAUAGAGUGCGCUACUGUGGUCAUUGAUACAGUGGCUUGCAAAAGUAUUCAUCCCCCCUUGGCAUUUUUCCUAUUUUGUUGCCUUACA